AUGAGUGGCUUCCUCACCUCCCUUGACCCCCGGCGAGUGCAGUGGGGGGCCGCCUGGUACGCCAUGCACUCUCGGAUCCUGCGCACCAAACCGGUGGAGUCCAUGCUGGAGGGAACAGGGGCCACCACCGCACAUGGCACCAAGCUAGCCCAAGUGCUCACCACCGUGGACCUCAUCUCACUCGGCGUCGGCAGCUGCGUGGGCACGGGGAUGUACGUGGUGUCUGGGCUGGUGGCCAAGGAAAUGGCAGGACCCGGCGUCAUCGUGUCCUUCAUCAUUGCAGCCGUCGCAUCUAUCCUGUCAGGCGUCUGCUAUGCAGAGUUUGGAGUCCGCGUCCCCAAGACCACAGGGUCAGCCUACACCUACAGCUACGUCACUGUCGGGGAGUUUGUGGCAUUUUUCAUCGGCUGGAAUUUGAUCCUGGAGUACCUGAUUGGCACCGCGGCUGGCGCCAGUGCCCUGAGCAGCAUGUUUGACUCACUGGCCAACCACACCAUCAGCCGCUGGAUGGUGGACAGCGUGGGAACCCUCAACGGCCUGGGGAAAGGAGAACAAUCAUACCCCGACCUUCUGGCUUUGGUGAUCGCAAUUAUCGUCACCAUCAUCGUCGCGCUGGGGGUGAAGAAUUCUGUGGGCUUCAACAAUGUACUCAAUGUGCUGAACCUGGCCGUGUGGGUGUUCAUCAUGAUUGCAGGCUUCUUCUUCAUCAAUGGGAAAUACUGGGCUGAGGGCCAGUUCUUGCCCUAUGGCUGGUCAGGGGUGCUGCAAGGAGCAGCCACGUGUUUCUAUGCUUUCAUUGGCUUUGACAUCAUCGCCACCACUGGAGAGGAAGCCAAGAAUCCCAACACAUCCAUCCCUUAUGCUAUCACCGCCUCCCUGGUCAUCUGCCUGACAGCUUAUGUAUCCGUGAGCAUGAUCCUAACUCUGAUGGUGCCAUAUGACGCCAUUGACACGGAGUCCCCACUCAUGGAGAUGUUUGUGGCUCGUGGGUUCUAUGCCGCAAAGUUCGUCGUGGCCAUUGGGUCGGUUGCAGGACUGACGGUCAGCUUGCUGGGCUCCCUCUUCCCAAUGCCAAGGGUUAUCUAUGCCAUGGCCGGCGAUGGGCUCCUCUUCAGAUUCCUGGCUCACGUGAGCUCCUACACAGAGACCCCCGUGGUGGCCUGCAUCGUUUCAGGGUUCCUGGCAGCUCUCCUCUCCCUGCUAGUCAGCUUGAGAGACCUGAUUGAGAUGAUGUCCAUCGGCACCCUCCUCGCCUACACCUUAGUCUCCGUCUGCGUCCUGCUCCUUCGAUACCAGCCCGAGAGUGACAUUGACGGCUUUGUCAAAUUCCUGUCUGAGGAGCACACGAAGAAGGAGGGCAUUCUGGCUGACUGUGAGAAGGAAGGAUGCUCUCCUGUGAGUGAAGGGGAAGAGUUCUCUGGCCCAGCCACCAACACAUGUGGGGCCAAGAACCUGCCAUCCUUGGGAGACAAUGAGAUGCUCAUAGGGAAAUCAGACAAGUCGACCUACAAUGUCAACCACCCAAACUACGGCACUGUGGACAUGACCACAGGCAUAGAAGCUGAUGAAUCUGAAAACAUCUAUCUCAUCAAGUUGAAGAAGCUGAUUGGGCCCCGUUACUACACCAUGAGGAUCCAGCUGGGCCUUCCAGGCAAGAUGGACCGGCCCACAGCCGCUACAGGGCACACGGUGACCAUCUGCGUGCUCCUGCUCUUCAUCCUCAUGUUCGUCUUCUGCUCAUUCAUCAUCUUUGGUUCUGACUACAUCUCAGAGCAGAGCUGGUGGGCCAUCCUUCUAGUCGUUCUGAUGGUGCUGCUGAUCAGCGCCCUGGUGUUUGUGAUCCUGCAGCAACCAGAGAACCCCAAGAAGCUACCCUACAUGGCUCCCUGCCUCCCCUUUGUGCCUGCCUUUGCCAUGCUGGUGAACAUCUAUCUUAUGCUAAAGCUCUCCACCAUCACGUGGAUCCGGUUUGCAGUCUGGUGCUUUGUCGGUAUGCUCAUUUAUUUUGGGUAUGGCAUCUGGAAUAGCACCCUGGAAAUCAGCGCCCGAGAAGAAGCCCUGCACCAGAGCACGUACCAGCGCUACGACGUGGACGACCCUUUCUCAGUGGAGGAGGGCUUCUCCUAUGCCACGGAGGGCGAGAGCCAGGAGAACUGGGGCGGGCCGGCCGAGGACAAAGGCUUCUCUUACCAGCAGAUGUCAGAUUCGCAGCCCAGCACCCGGACCAGCAGCAAGGCAAAGAGCAAAAGCAAACACAAACAGAACUCAGAGGCCCUGAUUGCAAACGAUGAGUUAGAUUACUCUCCAGAGUAG